UAAUAAAAAUACAAGGAAACAAAGGCUGCUGGUGCUGACUCUUCACUGAAAAGAGUAACAAGACAAGAAUCCAUUAUGUUCGCCCUUUUUUAUUUUUUCUUUAAUCCAAUAUUGAAUCUGAUGACUAAACCUUUUUCUUUUCUCUUCUCUCUCUAACCGCCCCCCCUCCCCCACCUUCUGAAAAAUUAAAAAAAAAACAACAACAAACCCUUGGCUUCCUUCUUCUGCAAGAUCUACAAGGGUUUAUCAGUCUCUUUGUAUUUUUCUCCUUUCUUGGUCUUUUGGUUAUAAAGAUAUCAUCUUUUCUGGAUUCUGAAAUUUACCCAGACACUAUUUUCGAUGGGCGAACACAUUGAUAAGGAUGUUUCUGGUAGUACUGUUUUGGAAUCGUCUAAAGAGACUGUAAGUGAUCGCGUAGCUAGUGGAGAUAGUGCGGAAACCCGAGUCGUUGAGGCAGUUGCUAGUGACGAUCAGUUUCAAGGUCAGGGUGUGAGUAAGGGAUCCUCAGCUGAAGGGGUGGUGACGGAGAAAGGCGGCUCUUGUAAUGGGGCGGAUACAGUGGCUGGGGUUAUGGGUUCUGAUAUAUACGUUGAUGGUGUUUGCACACGUAAUUCUGGCGGGGAAAAUUUGAGUGAAGAAGCAACUAAAAGUCAUGGUCAGUCAAGGGAGUUGGCCUCAGAGGGAGAUGUAAAAGCUGUAGGUGGUGGGUGUGGUGAUUCUAAUUCUAAGGUCGAUGAGGAUCCAAGUGAGGAAGCAUCAAAUUUGGGAACCGAGAGUGAGGUUGAGAAGUCUUCUGUGUUUGCUGAUUCUAAAGAAGGAGAGUUGGUGGAGGAUGGGGCAAGAGUUUGGGAGGAAAAACUGGGACUGGAGAUUGAGGUUGGAAAUUCUUCUGGAGUUGCUGAAUCUAAAGAAGAAGGAGAAUUAGUGGAGAAUGCGGCAAGUGUUAGGGAGGUAGACUUGAGGUCAGAUUCAGAAACUGAGGUUGGAACUUCUUCUGAGCUUGCAGAAUCUAAAGAAGAAGGAGAAAUGGUGGAGGGUGAUACAAGAGUUAGGGGUGUCAAUUUAGCAACUGGCUGUGAGAUUAAGUGUUCUGGAGUUGCAGAAUCUAAAGAAGAAGGUGUAUUGGUGGAGGGUGUGGCAAGAGUUAGAGAGAUCACUGGUGCUGAUGGGUGUUGUGUUGCUGAUGGUAUUACUUUGCAUGAAAUUGAUGCUGGGAAUCCUCAGAAUGUGGGAAUCAAAAGUGCAGUUGAAGAUUCUUCUCUUCUUGAAGGAUCCAGUGUAGGGGAAACCAAAAAUGUAGUUGAGAAAGAAGCAGUGGGUGCUGGGAAGGAAAGUUUGGAGGGAGGAUUGGGGAAGGAGUGUGUUGAGAAAGUUGAGAUGCAUUUUGUUAAGGACAUGAUUUCUCAGGAAGUUAGGGAUUCAGAGAAUGAAGCAUCGAAUCGAGGAGUUGAAAAUUUUGAAGAUUCCUCUGCAGGUUUGGGUUCUUCAGUAGUUGAAGCCCAAGAUAUUGCUGCAGAGAAAUCUGAAUUGGUUGAGGAGGUUAUGGAUCAGGCUAAGGAAACACAUGACAAUGAGGGAGCUGUGCUUCAAAAUUCAGAACCAGAAAAGGUUGGUGCUUUGGAUGUUGAGGAAUGGAAUCCUGGAAUAAGAACUGCAGGUGCACCUUCUUCAACCAUCAAGGAAGGUUCAUGCUUAAAGACUCACUGUAUUGAGGAGGAAGCUGCCGUGAUGGCUGAUAUUGGAAAUUUAGAUCCCAAAGUUGAAACAGUUUUGGAGGGGACACAUGGUACUGAUUCUGUGGAGGGGGUUGUAUCCAGUUCUGAGAAAGAUUUGGUUUCAAUAGAAAAAGAUGCCAUUACCAAUCCAACCUCCAAAUGCUUGGAUGGACAAACACAAGUUGCUGUUGAUGGGAAAAUGUCAUCAACGGAUGUUGAGGCAUGGAAUCCAGGAAUCAAAACUGCAGGUGCACCUUCUUCAACCAUCAAGGAAGGUUCAAGCUUAAAGGCCCAACAUAUUGAGGAGGAAGCUGCCGUGACAGCUGAUAUUGGAAAUUUAGAUCCCAAAGUUGAAACAGUUUUGGAUGGGACACAUAGGACUGAUCCUGUGGAGGGGGUUGUAUCCAGUUCUGAGAAAGAUUUAGAAAAAGAUGCCAUUACCAAUCCAACCUCCAAAUCCUUGGAUGGACAAACACAAGUUGCUGUUGAUGGCAAAAUUUCAUCAAAUGAGGAGAUUGCUUGUCCUAACAUUGAAGGUAUGGACACUGACGCUUUUAAUGAAAAUUUUUGUUUUUCAGUGGAAGAACUGCAGGCUGUGGUUGAGACACCCAAUGGAAGCACUGAAAAUCACUGUGAUGCAUUUGCAGAUUUGCAAUCUUCACAACAGCCAACUCAAGUAGUUGUUGGAGGUGAAGUUGCGGCAACUGAGAACAAGGUGCAUAAGAAUUCUGAAAAUGAAAGGAAAUUAAUAAUUGAAGAGUCCUCAGACCAGAUGAUGCCUCGUGAUUUUGCUCUGGCUCAGUCAACCGUAGAUCCAGAGAUGGGAGUUGAUGAACAAGUUACUGGUUCUGAGCAAGCUAGUAUGCAGAAAGAUCCAGGUAAGGUAGAGACCGCAAAUGCAAUUGUGAGCACUGAAAUUCACAGCCCGAAAGGUUUAGAUUUGGUGUCGUCUCAUCAGUCUGCACCUGCACUUGUUGGUGAUGAAGUUGUAGAAAUGAAUAAUAAGAUUGAUUCAGAUACUAAUUUCGAGGGUCAGGUAGUUAUGCAUUUGGAUGGAAUGUUAUCAUCAUCAGGAAAUGAACAGCAUGUAAAGACUGAGGUGGACUCUAUGGAAAUAGAUACUCACACUGCUUCAACUAACAAGGAUAAGGUUCAUUCAACUGCCAACGUUUCAGAUCCUGCUGAAAAAGACCCGGAGGUGAAGGUGAAAGAACACAUAGACAAGAGUGAAGCUUGUGAUUCUGAUCAGAGUAAUCCAAACAUAGGGCAGCUGAUGGAUGCUCAAGAACAGGUUACUCAUUUUGAACAGCUUGGAAAAGAAGAAACAGAGGUAGUAGAACUGAACUCAGAGGCCGGAACAGUUUGUGGAAGCAGAGAAACAGAUACCCUAUUAAUUAAUGGACCCGAUACUGGACUUCAGGGGCCACCUGAUGGGGAUCAGACUCUGACAGUUAAAGAAGACUUGGAUGCAAGUGCAGGUCAGGAUGUUUCUGAGAUUGGAUCAAGUGCAGCAACAGAAACAGUGGUUGAAGAGCAUGAUGCUUGUCUUGAUCAGGUUGGCUUGCAAGAAAGGCAAGAAAUGGAAGCUGAAGGACAGGAUACUGACUUUGAACAGCCAAAUACCUCUGAAGAGAAAUUUGCUAAACAAGAAGCUCCAAAUUCUGGAAGCACUGUAAUAGAAUAUCAAGCUUGUUAUCAGCUACCACCAGAUGAUGAAGGUGAGUUCACUGUAUCCGAUUUGGUCUGGGGCAAAGUGAGGAGCCAUCCGUGGUGGCCUGGACAGAUUUUUUAUCCUUCUGAUGCCUCUGAGAAAGCAAUGAAGUAUCAUAAAAAGGACUGUUUUCUGGUAGCAUAUUUUGGGGAUCGUACAUUUGCGUGGAACGAGGCAUCUCUGCUAAAGCCUUUCAGGUCACAUUUCUCCCUGGUUGAGAAGCAGAGCAAUUCUGAAGCAUUCCAGAAUGCUGUUGAUUGUGCUCUGGAAGAAGUUUCAAGGCGUGUAGAGUUUGGGCUGGCCUGCUCAUGCAUACCAAAGGAGACUUACGAUGAAAUUAAAUUUCAAAUAGUAGAGAACACUGGAAUUCGAGAAGAAGCAAGUGUAAGAGAUGGUGCAGACAAAUCCUUGCCUGCUGAUUUAUUUGAACCUGGUAAAUUAAUGGAGUAUAUGAAAGCAUUAGCACAAUGCCCAGCUGGUGGAGCUGAUCGUUUGGAACUUGUCAUUGCCAGGUCCCAAUUACUGGCCUUUUAUCGCUUAAAGGGUUAUUCUCAGUUGCCUGAAUUCCAGGUUUGUGGAGGUUUGUUGGAGAAUGCGGGCACUUUAGAAUUUGCAGAUGAAGUGAUUGAGCAUACAUAUCCUGUUUAUAAGGAUGAUGGACAAAUAUCAUCUGAUCAGGAGUUUUCACAUGCUCUAAGAAGUUCUUAUCACAAGCGCAAGCAUAAUUUGAAGGAUACUGUCUAUCCCAGGAAGAAAGAAAGAAGUUUGUCUGAAUUAAUGGGUGAUUCAUGGGAUUGUGUAGAUGAUGAAUUUGGUCCUGAUGGGAAAGCUAACAAUAAGUUAGUUUCACCAUCUUCUGGGAGGAAGCGGAAGGUCUAUGAUUCCUUUCCUGAUGACUCGGCUACAGCGGAAGGGAGAAAGACUAUCUCUCUUGCAAAUGUCUCGACUACUGCAUCUAAGCCUUCAUUCAAGAUUGGUGAAUGCAUCCGUAGAGUCGCUAGCCAGAUGACUGGGUCUACCUCCAUACUGAAGUCUAAUAACAUGAAGCAAGACGGAAGCAGUGAUCGACUUAUUGGGGAUGGAUCUGAUGCUUUAUUCCAACAUUCUGAGGAUGCUGAGAUGAGCAGAACAAUUGUUCCCACAGAAUACUCAUCCUUGGAUGAAUUGCUAUCACAGCUUCACUUGGCAGCACAAGAUCCCUUUAAAGGAUAUAGUUUCUUGACCAUCAUUGUUAGUUUUUUCUCUGAUUUUAGGAACUCGGUAAUUGUGGAGCAGCAUGAGAAAGUAGGUGGUAAAAGGAAACAAGCAUCUCAUUCAAUUGGUGGUUUGUCUGAAACAUUCGAAUUUGAGGAUAUGAGCGACACUUAUUGGACUGACCGGGUUAUUCAAAAUGGUUCUGAAGAGCAACCACGUAAAAGCCGAAAACGAGAUAAUCAACUUGUGCUUGCUAAUCAGGAUAAGGCUCUUAAUAUGUCAAACUCUAGAAAGCGGUAUUCUGAUGGCAAUCAUGACCUAUCAGCAGAGAAACCAGUGGGUUAUAUAGAUGAGAAUGCACCAGCAGAACUUGUUAUGCAUUUUCCUGUGGUGGAUUGUGUUCCUGCAGAAACAAGCCUGAAUAAGAUGUUUAGACGGUUUGGGCCUUUAAAAGAGUUAGAAACAGAAGUAGAUAAGGAUACAAAUCGUGCCAGAGUUGUUUUUAAGAAGUGUUCUGAUGCAGAAGCUGCAUAUGGUAGUGCUCCAAAGUUCAACAUUUUUGGUUCAAUACUUGUAAAUUACCAGCUCAACUAUACUGUAUCUGUACCAUUCAAAAGUCAACCAAUGAUCACACUCCAUGGUGAGGAAGAUGCAACACUUUUUCUGGAGUUUUGAAGAAGCAGAUUUGAUAUAAAAAUUUAGAUGGCUGCUUGUAGAUCACUGGAUCACUGGGGAGUAGUUUAACUUUAUCCCUUUGCAUGAGAUCUCCUGCAUUAUGGGUUUGGAAUAGCAAGUCUCUGGAGCAGUUAACUAGGUGUGUGUAUAUGUGGUUUUCUUUUGUGGACAUUUACACUUGGUAAUGCGUGAAAACCUUAUCCACAGCCCAGAGCCCCUAGCUCCCCAUUUGGAAGUUAUGAAACAAAAUUGUCACUGAAACAUACUUAUUUUGUUAACAAUCUGUUUGGAAAGAGAUGGAGUAAAGUAAGAUGUUCUAAAGUAUGGUUUUAUGAGAUAAAGUUUUUAUGAUUUUAAACCUUAAUAAUUUUUUAUUUUUUGGAAAGAGGAGAAGGUUUUUUUAAGGUAUUUAAAGGUUUUCAAGAGAACAUCUUUUUCAACCCACCUAUUUAGUGGGUUGAAAUUUGAAGGUUUUUCGAGGUCUAGAACUCCCAAAAACCACACUCUUUAAAAACCUCAACUUUAUCCCAAACACAGUUUUAAGGUUUUUAAACCUUGAAAAAUCUUUCAUUACCUACAAAGGGUAAAUGAAUAAAUCCAGCUGGUUGUUGGAGCUGUUUUGGGAUCGGCCGGCCUGCCUGCAUGCCUUUACCAUAUUUUCGCGAAUUAGCUAUUCUCUUGUUAAUUUUGGCAUGUGAUGUAUGAAAGUGUUAAACUUGUUCUGG